AUGCUAAGCACUGAACAUAAACCUACCAGCUUUAACCUGCCUUUAAUUAAAUCUAACCCUAGACCAUCAGUAAUUAGAGAAAUAAAUGAUCAAUUAAAUCAAUUACCUAGUCAGUUCUAUUACAAAAAUUCCAAAUUCACAGCUGUUCAAAACAAUUUGAUCAGUUUGUUCAAUUCUUCGAGCACUAAUAUUGAAAGUAUUUGGCACACUAUUGAAAAUUGGGCUGACAAUGAGUCUUUAUUUCCAUACAAAAAUGGGUCUUCAGGUCAAAUACUGCAAGCACUUCGAACUGCAAAGAUAAAGUUAGUUGACAAUGCUCCAAAGGGAACACAAUUAAAAUUGUUUAUUGCUUUGGAGGGUGAGCAAAAACUUUACUUCAAACCAAAGAGGUAUAAUUUAACUGAUAUGAUAAAAGGCAAUGUUUAUGCUGGAUUUGACAGACAUAAUUCUGAAGUACUGACAUAUUACCUGGCGAUGGUAUUGAAUUAUAAAUGGAUAGCUCCAUCAGUUAUAAGACGGAUUCAUUUUUAUAAGGAUAUAUUGCCACAUGCCACUGCUGGCUUAAGUCAGACUAUGACAAAAAGUGAGAAAGGAUCAACAUGUAUUUAUGGCAAAUGUUACUAUUGUAAAGCAAAUGACACUGUAUGCCCCAACAGUAAGGGUGAAAUUGAAGGCGCCGCUAUAUUGUACUUAGAUAAGCGGUUUCAGAUGCACAAGUCUCCAUGGAGGAGAUCAUACAGUAAAAAGAAAAUGGGGUGGGAAACUGAUAAUGAUUUUUGUAAAAAAGUAACCCUUACGUUGAACACCAAAAGAAUACUUAAUCUAAUAGAUAUAUCUAUAAUAGAUUUCUUAGUACAAAAUGGUGAUAGACACCGUUACGAAGUGUACAAGGGUCAAGUGCUUCUGAUGGAUAAUGGUAAAGGACUUGGGAAUCCAAUGGCCGAUGAAAUGGAUAUUCUAGCACCGUUGUAUCAAUGUUGCAUAUUGUCUCAUUCGACAUGGCAAACAUUGGAGUCAGUUUCUGGCGGUAGCCUAACGGAAACAAUAAAACUAUUAUCGUCUUUCCAUGGAGAGCAGCUUGCUACUGAAGACCACUACAGAGCUAUUGAACGUCGUCUACUGAAAGUAUAUGCUACAGUACAAUACUGUAUUGAAAAAUAUGGCAGUGCCAAAGUUUUUAAAAAUAAACGUUAA